AUGGACGAGGAGGAAGUGAUCCGGCAGCGCCUCUUGACGCGGUCCAGCGUCCUCGGCAGCAAGCAUGGCACGAAGCGCACGGCCGAGUCGAUGCUCAAGUUCCUCGGCGUCACGGGCAGCCUCGGCGUGCACUACAGCCACUUUACGCGGACGCCGGCCAAGAAGCCGCGCACGGACGCCAGCAUCGCCAAGAAGCUCCUCGACGAGUUCCUUUGGGACCUCGAGCUCGUCGAGGCCGACGCGGUCAAGUGCGAGCUGCUCAUGCACACGUGCGACCAAGAGCUCUCGGCGUACAACGCGCUGCAUGCGGAGAUUGACCAGAGCGUGUUGGCCGUGACGCAGGACAUUGACCGCCUCAAGGGCAUCGUUGCAGAUGAAAAGCUCAUCCGGAGCUACAAGGAAGAGUACGAGGCCAAGGCGCGGGACAUCAACAAGCUGCCGUCCAAGGCCGCGAGCGAAGCGGUCAUCGAGGGCCUCGAAGACCAGCUGCGGCAGUCGACGGACGCGCUGACGAGCGUCUCGGACCGCGUCGAGCGGCGCGCCAAGGAUUUUGCGCUCCUCAUGCGCGCGAUCCGAGACCUUCAGUGCAUGCACAAGGAAGAGGCGGCGGCCGAUGCCGCCCCCGACGACGCCGACGUCGACGACAAGGACAAGGACAAGGACGACGACGACGUUGCGUACGAGAAGGAGUCCAAGCAGCGGUCGCGCCACGUGAAGGACGCCGCCAACGUGGGCACGCCGCCGCCGUCAGCGUCGGACGACGAAAACGAAAAGACGGACGAAUGA